UUCUCUCUGUGCUCUGAGUCCGGACGGGCUGCGGGAGGGAAAAGGAGGGUAAAGGUCGCUCGGAGUAGUUAAGCAAGAGGCAGGGCAGGACGGGGCAGGACAGGCGACCUCGCCUCCGGAGCAGCCAUGGCGGAGAAGAAGGGGCCCUCCCAGGCGCCCAUCAGCCCCCUGAAGAACUUCUUCGCAGGCGGCUUCGGGGGCGUCUGCUUGGUCUUCGUGGGGCACCCGCUGGACACCAUCAAGGUCAGGCUACAGACUCAACCGAAACCUUUGCCUGGACAGCCUGCACUCUACUCUGGGACCUUUGACUGCUUCAGAAAGACUCUCGUCGCCGAGGGAGUCCGUGGUUUGUACAAAGGGAUGGCAGCUCCGAUUGUUGGUGUGACCCCCAUGUUUGCUGUGUGUUUCUUUGGAUUUGGCUUGGGGAAAAAACUCCAGCAGAGGACACCCGAUGACGUUCUGACAUAUCCCCAGCUUUUUGCUGCAGGCAUGCUUUCUGGGGUGUUCACCACCGUAAUCAUGGCUCCGGGAGAGAGAAUCAAGUGCCUUUUACAGAUCCAGGCAGCCUCUGGUGAAAUUAAAUAUGGAGGCCCUAUGGACUGUGCCAAACAGCUUUAUCGUGAGGCUGGCAUUCGAGGUGUUUACAAAGGAACGGUGCUCACCCUCAUGAGAGAUGUUCCAGCCAGUGGGAUGUACUUCAUGACCUAUGAGUGGCUUAAAUAUAUUUUGACACCUGAAGGGCAGAGUGUCCGUGACCUCAGUGUACCCAGGAUUCUGUUUGCAGGUGGCAUGGCAGGGAUUUUUAACUGGGCUGUUGCGAUCCCUCCAGAUGUGUUGAAGUCUCGUUUCCAGACAGCUCCUCCGGGAAAGUAUCCCAAUGGCUUCAGAGACGUUUUGCGGGAGCUGAUUCGAGAGGAAGGAGUGGCGUCACUGUACAAGGGAUUUACCGCUGUGAUGAUCAGGGCUUUCCCAGCCAACGCAGCCUGCUUCCUUGGUUUUGAAGUCGCCAUGAAGUUCUUUAACUGGCUCGCCCCAAGUCUGUGAAGACCGGAAGGACGUGGUCCUAAGGGAACCUGAGGACAAGAGGAAGGAGGCAAUCGCAUUAGAAGAGCAAAAUGGAACGAUGAAGCAAAAUAAGCUGUAUAAAUGACUUAUUUUUUUAAUAACCGGUUUUUGCCUUACUCGCUCCCUCUGGAGGAGGCUGUUGUUGCCAUUCGGAAUCUCGAGCCAAUUCUCAUCCCCGUUGGGAGUUUGAGAUGCAUACCUGCCUUCUGAACCCAAAGUUACCAUAGGGGUCAAGCUGCUCGUAGAAAACCUUACUGCUAUUAAUAGGUGUCAAAUUUCUUCUUAUUUGCCUCUUUUGGAAAUAAAGAAGGAAUAUUUUAAUUUCCCAUUUUUUAAUCUUAGUAAAGAACUGCAUGGAUGGUGGCCAUAGUACUAGGUGGAGGGUUGGGUUGGAGAUCUAGCCACUGUGCAUUUAAUUCUCAGGAUAAACUUCACACUUAAGUGCAUGCAAGCACGUAAGAAGAUUGUUUAGCUUUGGUUUACAGACACUACACAGUCUGCCACUACAGUUUUGUGUAAGCAGCAUGGAAAUGAAUGAGACUUGCACAUGAACACAGAUGUUAUUUCAGCAGUCCCAAAAACUUCAGUGGGGCUUGUACAUUACUCAGUCAUGGCAGGUACUGGUUUUAAGUCUCUUGUUUGUUACCUUGAGGUGUAUGACCCACACUGUGGCGCGGCAUGCUGGUUUGAACUAGUUCACACACUGAAAGCUCAAGAACUGGACGCAACAGAUAUAAAAUUAACAGAGCUGCAGAAUCUUGUAUUAAUGUCUAAUAAACUCAAACUGAUAAAUUACAGGUGUAAGGGAGUAACCUCCAGGUUUCUUCAGAGAUCCUGUCACAGUUGGCUAGAAAGUGUGGUCAGCACAGAAACAAAGGUGCCCCCUUUCCCCCUAAAAUACUCUUUCAAUAGGUGCUUUCUGGUAACUGGUGAUACCAGCUUCACAAGUGCCAACCUCAUGGUUAUAUCUGAGGUGCCAAAUGAUGAAUUCUGGUACAUGUGGUACCUGUGCUUGUAUUGUGGUGGUUUCAAAGUCAAGAGAGGUUUUAAAACUGGAAGUUGAAAGAGCCUGAAAUAGGAUAACUUCAGAGUGACUGUUUCCACUGCCGUUUUACCUCAAGAGGACUUUAUUGCAUGCCUGGUGUGUUUUAGCUGAAGCACCUCCCAUGCCCAGGCAGUAAAGGCAGGACUAUUGGUCUGUAAAGUGUUUCAGUGGGAUAAAAUUAUCCUGUUCAGGACUAUACAUUUGCUGAGUCUCAGCCAGAAUUUGGUCUUGGUGUUCUUGUUUACUUUCCGUUUUGGAGUUACUACACCAUCGGCAGAGACUUGUCUUCCUUUUCAUAGACAUCAGCCAGGCUAUUUUAAAAUAGCCUCUGCCAUCUUGAGAGCCAGAGUCUUGUUCUAAGGGCUGAGAUUCUUUUGGAAUGCAAAUCCUGUACUAGCUUCUCCGGGGAACCCCAAAAGGCUGCUCGUGUUCUCUUGGUGUAUAGUUUUGUAUUUGCUGCUGUCUCUGAGAAUCUGUUGUUAAACACACAAAUUGAACUUUAACUCUGCUGGGACUGAAGGUCUCCCUCCGGACAGUCGAGAUUCUGCUUUAACUAAAAAUUGGCUGUCUGGCUGUCAGUCGUUCUGCUCAUUUCUCACUGUGUCUUGUAUAUUUGAGGCAUUCCAAAGAGAAAUCCUCUCUCUGGAAUCUACUCCUCUACCAAAGUAAGAUAAUUCAGCCUGCACAAGCUGCCUAUGAGCUUUUGAAAAAGUAACUGCUCCCUUAAAAAAAUAAAGAUCAUGUGCAUAGUUUCAUGAUGGUGGUUUCAUCUCUUGUAAAACAUUAAUAAAUUACUUCAUGGUGCCCAUCA